AACUCGCAGUAGCUCCCGGUACUUUACCUCGAUAACUCGUUUUAACAACUAAAACCAACCAACUUUACUGUUGAAGUGAAGAUCUAGUGGAUCCAGUGUGCCGCCGUAAAUAGUCAGCGUUUGUUGUUGUAUUUUUCUUUUAAAUGAAAGCAUUACUCUUUAGUUGAACGGAGUUGCGUUGUUUUACUUUAGCUGUGCAGUGCGCUACAUAAUAUAAGAUAAAACGCAGCAGUGAUGAUGGUCUUUGCUAAUUUCAUUGAGUGACAAAUUUUAAAAAUUGCAUAUCACGAGUUUAAAGUAUUUAGCAAAAUUGAUAUUGUGCAAGCUGCAUUAUUUCCUGCUCACAGUAAAAUCUAAUAUGGCCUAUCAAAUUCGAGGUUUCAUUGUUUUUAUUAUACUCGUCAGUGUGUGUUCAAAACAAAUCAAAGGAUCCUGCCUGAGCUACGGACAUUCAUGCUGGGGAGCUCAUGGCAAACGCGCGGGCCAACCGGGGCAUAUGGCUUCCAGUGAUGUGCCGGGAGCUGUACAAUUUCAACCACAGCAGCAGCUGGACCAAUCUCACCCACUCCCAGCUGCUUUAAAUGGCGCGGAACGGUGGGCUUUGAUAAGAGUUUUGCCAGAAAAGAAUGCAUACUACCCUUUUAACAAGAUCAUAUACCCAUCACCAGCUAUGGAAUCAUCUACGUAUGUAUACAGCGACGGUUUAGGCUCAUUUGAAUCGGAUUCCUUGAGGAUUGGUUCAGAGUCACCCAGCAGUGCAGAAGGAAAAUUAGCGGAUAAUAGCAAUGAUUUGAGAUCCCUUGUAUCAACGGAACAAAAUGUACCACCUGAGGAUGAGCAACUUCUAACGGCAGUUGCCGUCCCUAAUAUACUGCGUAAAGAUCACCACCACAAUAAAAAGACCCAAUCUAUUGCUGCAAAUCAUCGAUAUACUAGUUCAGAUAAUGGCUUCGAAGACAAUGCGAACAUUGCUCGAUUUUUACCAAAUUAUAACGACGUGAGUCAAAUAUUGCUAACUAAUGCAGCCGUAGCAGCUGCGGCAAGGUUGUCAGACAAUGAUGCAUUUCUUAAAAAUACGCAGUUCAAUCGGAAGCUGUUGACUGAUAACAAUAAAUCCUCGACCCUGCUAAACGCAUAAAUUAUUUGCAUAAAAUGAUUCCAUCAAUAAUCUAACGUAACAUUUCAAUGAUAACGUCAAGUUGCAAGCAGUCAAAGAGCGGCCAUUGUCUGGGGUAAAGGGAAAUCGGUGAAAAAUUCAGUUAAAAACAUAUAUAUAUAUAUA